CUUCUACCCCUGCCUUUUGCCACCGGCGUCCCCGUCUAUCUUUCUUUUUGCACAUCAUGGCGGACCGCUUCAACAAGGUUCUGAUACUGGAUGGCAGAGGCCAUCUGCUCGGUCGGCUGACUGCCAUUGUGGCUAAGCAGAUCUUGCUCGGACAGAAAAUUGUGGUGGUCCGGUGUGAAGGCAUCAACAUCUCCGGCAACUUCUACCGUAACAAACGCAUGCUGCCCCACAAAACCAAGAGAGGCCAGGCUGCCCUGGAUAGGAUGAAGGUGUUAGAUGGCAUCCCCCCACCCUACAACAAGAGGAAGCGCAUGGUGGUCCCAGCUGCUCUUAAAAUUGUGCGUCUGAAGCCCACUCGUAAGUUUGCCCUCCUGGGACAUUUGGCCCAUGAGGUGGGCUGGAAGUACCAGGCCAUCACUGCCACACUGGAGGAGAAGAGGAAAGUCAAGGCUCAGAUUCACUACACCAAGAAAAAGGACACCAUCAAACUAACCAAACAGGCAGAGAAGAACACCCAGAGCAAAAUCUAUCAAUACACAGAUCUUCUCAAACAUUACGGAGUUCUUGUCUAAGCGUGUUCUAGUGUGAGUGCUCGCGCACAGGGUGCGUGUGAUGCGUCAGUGCGUUAGAUUUGUUGCAGAAGUGCUUGUAGUUGGUGCAUGCUGCCCCUGCUUGCUACUCUCUGCUUACAGCUAUCGCCGCCAGCUAGCCCCUGGGUGGGUGAAAAGAGGAGCCGAGUGCGUAAGCCUCCUCCUGCUGGUACAAAGCCUCUCCACCACCAAGACUCCUGUGGUGCCUCCUCGUGGCCACACACGGUAAACUGCGUCUUUGCGGACACAGGCUAAACUGUAGGGGAUCUCGGCGCAGCAGUGGGCCCCAGAGGCGAGGCGUGCAGGCCCACCAGUGUGCGGACACGCCCUGGCGUCCGCCAACAACUGCCCCAUCUAUGGGUUAAAUAGAGCCCUCCACCCCCUUCCACUGCCUUGUGGGUAUCCUCUGGAAUGGAAAAGGCUAAGGGCGCAAACCCCAACAGAAAACCCGGCCUGGACUCCGUUAGGUAGUUCAGUGUGUGAAGCACUGUUCUGGCAACUCCUGCAGCCGAACUGACGCCAAAUGUAUUGGCCAUUCAUUUGGACAACGCCAUCAAGGCAGAGAGGAGGGCCCUGUUGCUUGGGCAACACAGGAUCUCCACACAUCUUGCCCAGGCCUUUUGUGCCCUGGAGAGGAAACUCCAGCUUCACUGUGCAGUGAAGGCACAAUCACGAAUUGAACUACACAGCCACAGGAGACGCUGCGACAAGACCUGACUCCGAGGCACAGGAAAUCAAUGGUCGUCCGAGACUGCGAUGCCAAUGACGAGUGUGCCUACAAUGCGCAUGGACUUCUUUUCAUUUUUAAUGUACUGCUUUUUCUACAGCUACAGUUUGCCCUCCUGGGACGUUUGGCCCAUGAGGUGGGCUGGAAGUACCAGGCCAUCACUGCCACACUGGAGGAGAAGAGAAAAGUGAAGGCGCUGAUGCACUACAAGAAAAAAAAUAAAACUGACAAAACAGGCACAGAAGAACGUCCAGUUAAAGAUCUGUGAAUAUACAAAUCUUCUCAAGAAUUAUGGAGUUAUCUUAGACUAGACAGACUUAGACUUCCUUUUUAUUUAUCUUUAUCGUUAUUUAUUUAAGCAUGUUCUAAUAAACGCAAGUAAAUCUUUAUAAACAGUCUCCUAU